AUGGAGGACGACGGAUUGUUGAUGAACUUUGAGAUGGGAGGUGGUGAUGUUGUGGAGCCCUCCAAGAAUAGAAAAACUAAAGUAGCUGGGGGUAGAUGGAAAGAUCGUCGGAAGUUACAGUUAAAGCUUCUGGGAAGAGGAAGAAACGAUAAGAAUUCAGGAGCUGUUACAGGAUCGAAUACCACUGCUAUUAGCAAUAAGAAAAGAAAUAUUGGUGGUGGUGGUGAUGAUGUACCCAAAUUUAGUGGAGGUGGGUUUCAUAAAAAGGCUAAGUUUCAAGAGUCUGGUGGUGAAUUUGGUGGUAAGAAUAAUUCAUAUGUUUCAUCUUUAUUCCAUGCUAAUGAUAAGAGUGGUACAUUGAAACCUACAACAACUAAAGAUGAUGAUGACACUAAGCACUCACCUUCUAAUGCUCCCCUUACUGAUUCCACGUCAUUUGAAGGUUUAGGUAUUAAUAAUAAACUUAAUACUCAUUUGACAGAGUAUCUUCGUUUGAAAACUCCAACUAGAAUUCAGCAAGCAGUAAUUCCAAACUUUUUAGGUGCCCAACGUGAUUUGUUUGUUAAAGCUCAAACUGGGUCAGGUAAAACCUUAAGUUUCCUUCUCCCUAUUCUCCACCAAUUGAUGCAAGAACGAGUCUCUCGUGAUUCAGGGGUUUUCGCAAUUGUUUUAACUCCUACAAGAGAAUUAGCCACUCAAAUCCAUGGAGUUUUGGAGUCGUUGGUCAGAUGCCAUCAUAGCAUUGUUCCGGGAAUUGUUAUUGGAGGUGAAAAAAAGAAGUCUGAGAAGGCAAGAAUAAGAAAAGGUGUUAAUGUAUUAAUAGGAACUCCCGGUAGAUUGGCUGAUCAUUUAGAAAAUACCAGUGCAUUAGAUAUUAGUCAAUUGAGAUGGUUAGUUCUUGAUGAAGGUGAUAGAUUGGUGGAUUUGGGCUUCGAAGAAACAAUUACUAAGAUUACUGAUGAAAUUACAAAGAAAUCUAAGAUAAUGGAUAGUUUAAAUCAAUGGCCUUCCUUCCCCACUAGAAGGGUCAAUGUCCUUUGUUCUGCAACUAUUCAAGAUAAUGUCAAAAAACUUGGAAGUAUCAUUUUGAAUAAACCCCAAAUGAUAAAUAUUGAAGGCAAUGAUGAUACUGACCAUGGAACAGUUUCCUUUGAUGAUGAUGGUCCAACUGAAGAUAUUCAUACGUUUACCACUGCACCUGAUCAAUUGGUACAAUCUGUAGUAGUUGUUCCUCCAAAACUUCGACUAGUCACUUUGAGUGCCUUAUUGAAGAAGCUUUCAUCGGGGCUUGAAGACAAUGAUGAAGCCUCAAGAUCACUUGUAUUCUUUUCUUGUUCAGAUUCAGUUGAUUUUCAUUUCAAUGUCUUCACUCGUGGAGGGAAAAGAUUUAAGAAAGUAAAAGGAGAAGAUAAAGUUGAAUAUGUUGCAGUCGAUCCUGAGGAAGAUGAUAAAGGAGAUAAAGAUGAGCCAAGUCUUAUGAGUGCCCCAAUAUUAGGAACUGAUACUGUUGUAUUCAAGCUUCAUGGUUCUCUUACCCAACAAGCUCGGACGUCAACUUUACAAUCACUUAUUAAGAACCAUUCUAAAGCUAAACAUGCUAUAUUGCUUUGUACGGAUGUUGCAUCCAGAGGGUUGGAUUUGCCCAAUAUUACCAAUGUCAUUGAAUAUGAUCCCCCUUUCAGUGUUGAAGAUCACUUACAUAGAAUUGGAAGAUCUGCAAGAGUUGGUAAGUCUGGAAGUGCAAGUUUAUUCUUAUUACCUGGUUCUGAAGAAGGUUAUGUUGAUGGGAAACUAAGAUCAGUUCAUCCUAAUGAAGGCAGCUUGAAAAUUGUCAGUUAUGAAGGGAUACUUAAAGAUGGAUUUUCUCUGACAUCUGAUUCAAAGGUAUCAAAGCAUAAUAGAGAAGGUAAUUGGGAUACCCAUGCUACAACUUAUCAUCUUGAUAUUGAAAGAUGGUUAUUGGAAGAUCAAACGCAACAUGAAAAAGCCAGCAAUGCAUUUAUUUCUCACAUCAGAGCAUAUACUACGCAUUUAUCAUCCGAAAGAGCUUAUUUCAAUGUUAAAUUGUUACAUCUUGGGCAUUUGGCAAAAAGUUUUGGAUUACGUGAAGCUCCAAAGAAACUUGGGAAGGGUGCUGGGAGUCAUAAAUCUGGUGAUGAUGGCACUACUAAACAAAAGAAAGAAGAUCCUAGAAAGAAGAUGCUUCGAAUGGCUAAAAUGGCUGUUGCAUCUGGUAGUAGUGAGUUCAAUUAUUAA